UAUUUUUGACUCUCUCACGUUUAAAAAUAAAAAGAAGCAAAUACACAGUGUGGGUCUUUUUCAGUUUUAAAAAAUGGCGGCCAAACAAAGGCAGAAAUCGACGGCGGCGGCGACGGCGGCAGCGGAGAGGACGACGAUUGAUUUAAUCGGAGAUGACCUUCUUCACAACAUUCUCUCUCGGUUACCAGCAGUAUCAUGUGCAUCAGCAGCAUGUGUGAACCGUUGUUGGAAUCUCAUCAUCAAUCGUCUUCUCACUCUUCCAAACCUUUCUUCUGCUCUUUCCUGCAAUCCUUGUCUUCAGGAUGCUGUGGAUGAGGUUGUUGACAAGGUUUUAGCUAAGCCAAUUCGGCCCCAGUUUGUAAUUGCUUCCAUUGGUUUUUCUUUUGACUUGGAGGAAGCUCACUAUCUCAUUAGUGGUAGAUUUGGUUGCCAUAUUCCAGUAAUCACUUCGAUAUCCUAUGGAAUUUUUGGGCAAGAUGCUAACACUAAUGAGUUUGAAGAGGUUCAGUGGAACACCAUGAAAGAUAACAAGGCUUAUGAGGAUCUUCGUAAUGAGGACCACGGUGUUUUAGUGACUGUUGGUUUCUUGCCAGGAUUAACAGUUGAUUUAAUCCCAUUAAAAAAAACUCGGGGACUCAUGGCUGAGGAUUUCAUGUGCAGUAUCAGUGACCGCUCGUUUUCUCGUUCUGGAUCAUCACCAAUGGGAAUUUUGUUAUUUUCUGACAAGGACAUUGACAUCAAACCGGUCCUUGCAAAGUUGGAUUAUGCUUUUCCCAGUGAGACUGCCAUUGUGGGUGAUGCGGGUUCUCGGUUUUUAUACCAAGGUGGAACAACAAUUAACCGUUUUAAUAGUUCAGCUGCUGUAGCUCUUUUGUUUUCAAGGGAUACAGGCAAGCAACCUGGUGUUGGGGAAACUCAGUUUCAUGUAAUGUUAUCCACUGGUGUUUCACCGAUUGGGCCUAAAUACAGAGCUGUUUAUGUUAAGGCGAAAUCUCAUGACAAUUCUACUCGGCUCAUGGCGACAACAAAAGAAAUUGACUUUAAUCUGGAUGGUGAGACUAUUUUAGAUCCGAUUUAUGAUGAGCUGGGAGAUCAUACCCAUUCUCAAACUCUCUAUGUUGGAUUUUCAAAGAUGAGGAGAUGCAAUUUUCCGUAUGAAUACACAAGAUGUAUAUGUAUGCACGAAUUCCAUUUGGUUUUAAGAGGUGAUAAUCACGAGUAUCUCUAUGUCCAUGGUGAUGGUAUCAGAGAUUUCGACUCCUUCAAGUUUUACCAUGCAAAUCCUGAUUUGGCACGUGCUUCUUGCAACAAUGUUUCGAACAACAUGAAACUUCUGAAGCAGGAUCUAAAUUACCCAACUGAUGAUCAUUCUAAUAGCAAUGGUAGCAUAGAUAUGCAUAAGAAGUCUGUUUUUGGUGGUAUGAUGUUCGCUUGCUAUGGUCGUGGCAAGUUAUUUUUCGGUGAACCUAAUGUAGAUGCCUCACCUUUCUUGGAGAACUUCCCUGGUGUUACCUUCUCAGGAACCUAUUGUAACGGAGAAAUAGCAUGUGGAGAUUUUAGCUCAUACGAAAAGGAGUCUAAAGAACACAGCUGUAUACGCUGCAGUUUGCACGAAUUUAGCACCGUCUACCUGGUUAUGUCAUACACUCCUCCUGCAUUGCCACAACAUUACAAGUCUUACUAGUAUUGCCUUUGACAAUCGGGUGGCCUUGUGGGUAAUGGCAACAGAUUUUUGGUGGUUUGAAUAGGAUAUUGCUCCGCACGUUUUGGUGUUGGAAUUUGGUGGUAGAGGGCCAAUGUCUCAUGUAGAUAGCCAUUUUGCACUAUUUUACUACUGUCUUCUUGUUGUUUUUCAAUAAUAGCAUUGUUGUGCUAUAAAUUUAGUUAUUUAAAUGAAUACCUCUCUCCUCUUUGAGAACAACUUCUCUACAACAUAAAGAUAGAACUAAGGUCUAUGUACAUCCUGUCCUUUUCAGACUAUAUUUGUAAGAUUAUAUUGAGUAUGCUGUUGAUCGUAAAUAAACUCGUCUUUGA